CUCGCGCCCGGCUCCGCGCCGCAGCCCCGCGCCCGGGAUGCUCAAAAGCGCCGGCAGCGCCCGCCUCCCUCCCUCCCUCCCUCCUUCCUUCCCUCGCCCGCCAGCCAUGCAGUGCCGCGCCGAGCUGCCGGACUUUCCGAAACGCCCGCGGCUGCCGCGCAAGGAGCCCGCCGCGGCCCCGGCCCCGGCCCCGGCCCCGCCGGCCUUCCGCACCAGCCCGCCCCGCGCGCCCGCCCGCCGCGCCGGCAAAGCGGAGCGCGUCCCGCUGCUGCUGCGCUGCGCCCGGGGCUCGCGGGACCCCUUCCCGCAGCAGAAGCACCACGGCGCCAAGGUGAAUGGUGGAUACAACCAUUGCAAUUUGAUCUCCGAGAAGAAGAACAUGAUGGACAUGGAGAUGACAAAUAGCUCAGUGCCUGUCUGUAGACAGAGUCUAUUCAUCCACACAGGAAAUCCACUUACCCGAGACCACCCAUUGUCUUGUGAGAGAUUGCUCCAUGUUGGUCAGCUGAAUUUAACACACACGGAUACAAGGUCUCCCAGGUUUCAGGACUCGGUAGAUUCUCCCACUUCGUGCAUGAAUGGAAGUCACCCCGCUCAGCACAUUAAGCAAGAGUGCCCAAGUGAUUAUAAGGUCCUAUCGGAGGCUGCAGCACAUAGGAGGAUUACCGAGGGGAUGGAGCUCAGAGGCUCUGGUAGUCUGCAUCCCGAACUAGACCUAAUGAAUAAUAGCUUGACAAAUUCACUUUCUUCCUACUUGUUUAAUAAUGAACAUAGCUCCUCCCUGGGUCCAUUGUCACUUGGCAGCCCUCAGCACUCAGCCCGGCUCCAAUCAAGCAACCUGAAGAAGAGAUGCAUCUCUGUUGUGCCGACUUCAGCUGAAGGAAUUGAUAUUACAGCUAUCAUCCAUACGUCGCAGACAUCAUUGGUCACCUGCGUGAACGGGCUGCGGACUAAUUCAGCUGGCAUUUCCUUUCAUCCCGUGGAGAUCAGUCACCACAGUGCUCAGAAAUCCUCUCGCCCCCAGUCCUGCUCUCAGCCUGGGAACCCGUGCAGCGUUCCCUCCCCGCCAGCAUGUCUAGUAUCUAUUUCCACUGAAUGUGACAGAGGUGACUGUGAUCAGCUACAAAUGCAGCAAACAGAGGAAAAUGCAAGCCUCAGCCUCAUGAUGAACGGCACCAGCAUUCCUCAGCAAGAUGUCUCCUCGCACGGCAGCCAGAAGGUGAGUUUCCUAAAGCAAGAACCGGCCGACGAUUACUCCUCCGCGACAGACCUCUUUCGGCACCACCAGGGCCUGCCGCCACCGUAUCACUUGCACCAGCAGCUAAGCCAGGCUCAAGGGACGCUGCCUCAUUUGCACGGCUCCAUGUCUCCCAAGUCCCUUCAACCCAGCGAAGGGGACGAACAAGAGGUCAGCAACGGCAAACAGGUCUGUCGGUGGAUUGACUGCAAUGCCACGUACGACCAACAAGACGAACUGGUCAGACACAUAGAAAAGACGCACAUUGACCAGCGGAAAGGAGAGGACUUCACUUGCUUCUGGGCUGGCUGCGUCCGUCGGUAUAAGCCUUUCAAUGCUCGCUACAAACUGCUGAUUCAUAUGAGGGUUCAUUCUGGAGAAAAACCAAACAAGUGCAUGUUUGAAGGGUGCAACAAGGCAUUUUCUAGGCUUGAAAACCUUAAGAUUCACCUACGGAGUCAUACUGGGGAGAAACCCUACCUGUGUCAGCAUCCUGGCUGCCAGAAAGCUUUCAGUAACUCCAGCGAUCGAGCAAAGCACCAGCGAACACACCUGGACACUAAACCAUAUGCCUGUCAGAUUCCUGGGUGCUCCAAACGCUACACGGAUCCAAGUUCCCUGCGCAAACAUGUGAAAGCUCACUCUGCCAAAGAACAACAGGUGCGUAAGAAGCUACAUUCAUGUACUGAUAUCGAACAAGAUGUACUAAGUGAAUGCUUAGCUAUGCAGCAACUCCACACAUCUUCACAACACAUUUUGGAUGGGAAAUGUGGGCGAUCUGUAGGUCACCAUGACUUAAUAGCAGGCAUGUACACUGGUUCCAGCGCCAACCAUAACGGACCAACGCCAAGUCUCCUGUCACCUAGCAAUGAGAUACCCUCAAGACACCAUCCACUGGAAUCCGCCCUCACCAGUCCACCCCAUCAGCCACCUUUGGAGAGCGCCAGGGAAGGGCUCACUUCAAAUAUUAUUUCACCUCUUGCCGGUCCUCUGAAAACACUAGUUCCACCUUCCCUCCUGCAGAAACAUGGUUCACCUGCGUCACACAGCCAGUCCCCGAAUGCGCAGCAGUUUUCAGGAAUACCGAACAAACCGUAUGCUCCGUUUCAAAACCAAUCCGUACAGCAGGGACCUCAAGGUUACCAAGGCAGCUUUCACUCAAUACAAAACUGUUUCCACUACGGAGACUGCUACAGAACAAUGGAGCAGUCUGUCACCAGCGAAGUGCUGACGGGGGAAUCCCAUUGCUUUAAUCCUCUGAGGCAGAAUGGCUAUCACAUACUCAAUGCACCUUUAGCUUCAACAGUACCCCCACUGACUUCACUGGGACUACUCACCUCUGGAACAGCUCACAAGCAAGGAGAGGACGCUUUUGCCCCCGUCUCUCAACACGCAUUGUACAGACCCUUACAGCCUGUACAUUAUGCACGCCUGCCUUCAGGCUACGAUGCCAUUUCUGAAGCACAAUGCGUGUCUGAAGAAGGAGUCAACAGCGGGCCAGAAGAAAACGGAUUUUUCCCAAACGGUGCCUUCGAUCAUUGUUUGAAUCAUAUUCCUUCCAUCUAUACAGAUACCUAAGAGCAGAUGUAUUCUGACUUUCCUGUAUUCUACCUAUGCCUGUAUAUGUAUUAACAAAAUGUUGUUCAAGUACUUUUAUUUAGUCUGUAUCCUUAUAUGCGCUCAUUUAAACAAACACCUCACAUUUACCAACCCAUUUUAUACAUGAAUAUACUGUAUGAGGUAAUUAUUGGAACCUGUUCCCUUGCUGUGGCACUUUGAAAGUCAUGCUUUACGAGAAUGAGGAGCAUUUGAGACAGCUUGUUUUGUAAGUUCUCCUAGUAAAAUGUAAAUGUAAGUUAUAUAAUAAACUUGUAAAGAUUUUUUUUUUUUUUCCUGAAAAGUAUGUUUUCCAUUUGAGAAUGUUGGUCCCUUUAAAUCAGUUUUUGGGAAAAUCAUUGGACAUUUUUUGACCACAAGGACUUUUUUUUUUUUUUUUUUUUGUAAUUGCAGACCUCAUGUAUAUAAACGUCUUCAUUUGCUCAGCUGGUUUUAUAUUUUCAGUUUUACAAGAAAGCAUUAAAAAAACUGGAACCAA